GUAACCAGGAAAACAAAGUGUUGUCAGAACUCGCAAGAUAAAAAUUGUAAAACAAAAAUAUAUCAAUUUGUUAAAAGAGGAACUUUCUAAAAACUAUAAUUUACUUAAUUCUAUCAAAAUACCAUAUAAAUAGUUUUACGUCUUCCAACUUCAUCACCCGGCAUAAUUCCUUUCUAUGUAUCUGAAAAAAGAAAAAAACAAUUUUUGAUUUGUUCAUUGUUUUCCACUUGGUUUUGCUUCGUUUUCGUUGUCGCUGUCGGCAGAAUAUUGUCUUCGUUUGCAUUUUCAAAUUGUUUUAAAAUUUUGGAUUUUACCUCGGGAGUGUGAGUGAAGUGUAAACAAUAAUAAUAAGUUGUGAAUAAAAAAAUAAAAUAAUUACAAUUUAAUACAAAAUAAUAUAUACCUAUAGUUAAAGGAGGUGGUAAAGGCGAUUGACGCAAGGCAUGGCUGACGAGGAAGGAAUGUGCUGAUAUAGCUGGUUAUUGUAAAACAAACUACCCUUUUGCUUUUGUGCGGUAGUCGUAACUCGUUACAAGUGCAUGUUGUUGUUUGGAAAAUUUGGUUUCAACUAAACUGUUGCUUUUGAUAGCAACAAAAAUACGAUGGCGAUUAAGUCUGGAAUAUGCCGCUAAAAAAUAAACAAAAAAAUCCGGAAUGUGUGUUGUUGGUUCGUUGUCGUUGGUUUUGAAAUACCGCUAAAGUGAAGCAGUCUUAACUAUAUGUUAACUUGAAUAGGACAUCACCAAAGAAUCCAUAUGCGAAACACCAUGUCUCAAGAAACGAAUGUUUCUUCAUUGCUUUCAUCAUGGGGCUUAUCAGAUCUUCAAUCAAAAUUCAAAUUACACCGAAUCGAAUCUCGAGCUUUAUUGUGUCUCACUGAAAAAGACAUUUGCGAACUUAUACCAAGAAUUGGUAGACGAGCAAUUUUUCGAUCAAGUCUUAAAGAAUGGCGUCGACGGAAUUUUCAUCAUAAACGAAGAUCUGCACCACCAGCAAUGUCAUCUUCACUGCGAAUUGACCCCAGAAUUGAAUUAGAAUCAGCAAGUAAUAGUGAAGAGACUCCCCCGCCCACAAAUAAUAUCCCCCAUUUAAAUACUGUCGUAAAGGAUGAACAAAUGCAUUCUGAUUAUGAAUCAGAAGAAGUAAGUGAACAUAUGCAAAUUCAAAAUGGGAACAUCAUCCUUCCACCACAUGUUAAUGGUGGUGGAGGUGGUUUUGAUGAAGAUCAAUCAGAAGAAGAAGAGGAACAAACAUCUUUGGAACGUCCAUUUUCGGAAACACCAGAAGCGAAGAAAUUUAAUGUUACUAUGUCGACAAAGAAAAACAGUAAUAAUUGUAAUGUUGAUGUGAGUGAAAUUCUUUCCAAUAGCCCCGAAGGACAACAAAUUAUUGCUUACUAUGAAGUUAAUGGUAGUUUCGAUUAUAGCCAUCGCAGAAGGCUUGUUACUCUGCUUAUAAAUGAGGUUGUACGCCAGAACAAGUGGUUGGUGCAAGAAGAUUUUGCUAAAAUAUCACAUGAUAUCAUUCAAAUGUUUCCUAGAGAAGAUGUGAACACAUACUACACAGCUAGAAAUGGGCUCAAAAAUCCAAAGGGUUGUCUCUACAACAAAUUUUUAAACUUAACUCGAAAGUUACGACAAGAAGGGAUAUUACAAUAUCGCAAUAACGUUCAAAUAAUGCCAGAACGCAUUUCAACAAGACAUUCCGGCGAAAUAAAAUGCUAUACUGAAAGUUAUUAAAAAGAAAAUUAACACAUUUUGUAUAAGUUAAUUUGUGUUUGCAUCGUGUACAUAUUAUAAUAAAAAUCUCGAAAUUUUACUGAUUCAGCUUAGAAAACUUUGCAUUUUGAAAAAUUGAGUGGAAGCGAUAAAUGUUUUCUUUUGUAUUUAAAAAAAAAUGUUCAAUAAAAAGAUCUCAAAAUAUUU